CUUUUGUGUUUUGUCAGAAUUAAUGAGAAAAGUUCCCUUGCCCUAGGGGUAAUUAGUGUCCUUGGAGUUAAAUAAGCUAAUACUUAGACACCUCUGGCACAAGCAAUUAUGUUUGUGUAUUGAAUAAUUGAUUCAAAGAGGGGGGAAGGGCUGCUAAUCAGAUCUGAGCAUAAUGAAUUGAUUUAAUUAACAGGGGAAUCCUUGGGUCGCUGCAAAGAAGCGUGCGCGGCGCAUUUAUUGCUCAGAGCGGAGCGGGGCGCGCACAGACGCGGGCACAGAGGCGGCGGGAGCACUUUGUCACAUUUGCAAUUGGAUUUGUUUGAAUGUAGUUGUCGUCUCGGAGCAAAUGAGAGCGAGAGGGGAAGCGUAUUAACAUCCAGGAGAAGAGAGAGCUCAACCCAGCUCGGCGUGCGCCUCAUCCGCCUUCCAGCGCGCACCGCACGGCACAUUUAGUCGAGAUUCACGCCGCCUAUUCGCCUCUUUUAUUCGCAUGGAAGUGAUUCGAAGCGCUUUGGGCUUAUUUAUUGCGCAGCUCAAGUGGGGAGACGCGCAUCCGGCCACGGCAGUCAGCGUCGUAACUAUCGUUCUUAUUUUUAGAGAAAGGUGCUUGGUUUAAGGGUUCGCCGUCUUGCCCGCGCCGUGCACAACGACAGAAAGACGAUCUCGGUGAGAAGCUCCGAGCGGAGCGAGCCGCGCAGCCUCCUGGAGCCAAGGACGGAUCGGCCGGGGAAGGACUCCUCGUUCCUCAGGACGAUGGUGCUGGACAAGGAAGAGGGGAUGGUGCCAAUGGGAAGGUUGUGUUCUACCCAAAUUGACACCCCAAGUGUGUUGAGCGGUGUGCCGAUGCUCUCCGUCCAGCCCAAAGGGAAACAGAAGGGGUGCGCUGGCUGCAAUCGCAAGAUUAAAGACCGCUACCUACUCAAAGCCCUGGACAAAUACUGGCAUGAGGACUGUCUCAAAUGUGCCUGCUGCGACUGCCGCCUUGGGGAGGUGGGCUCCACCCUUUAUACGAAAGCCAACCUCAUCCUGUGUCGUCGGGACUACCUGAGGCUCUUUGGUACGACGGGAAACUGCGCAGCCUGCAGUAAACUGAUCCCAGCCUUUGAGAUGGUGAUGAGAGCCAGAGAUAAUGUUUACCAUUUGGACUGUUUUGCCUGUCAGCUUUGUAACCAGAGGUUUUGCGUGGGCGACAAGUUUUUCCUUAAAAACAACAUGAUUUUGUGUCAAAUGGACUAUGAGGAGGGUCAGCUGAACGGGAGCUUCGAGUCGCAGGUCCAAUAGUGGGGAGCUUUGUACCGUGGCAGCGACAAUCAGCUCCACGAGUUCCACAACACCAUGGAUGUUCUGCUGCACUUGGAAAAAGACAAGCGUCUGUCUGCUUGCCUGCAAUACUUUUUAAGACCCCUUUAUUAGUUCCUGAGGACUCUAUUGUAAAUGUUCAACUUUUUGCCCCUCCCUCACCCCAACACUGAGCAGUUACAAAUGUUGAUGUACAGUUGUGCCUGCUUAGCUGAGCACGACAUUGCUUGUAUGUUUUGUGAAACCGGUUCCCGGUUUGUUUUCUUUUAGAAAUGGUUAAUUGGAGGGUAUGUACAGUCUGUUUUCUCUGUAUAUAUAAACUGGAACAUUUAUUUUAUGAAAUGUAAUGCAAUUUUAUUACUAGUGUGAAUUAAAGAUUCUUAAAUGUUCAUAGUGAGGUUUUUUUUUUUUUUUCCUCUUGUACCAAAACCAAAGUUGUUGGAGAGGGAGCCCAUCACUUGAUUGAAAUGUAAUCGUGUCUCCAAAACGGCAAUGGUGUAAAAAGGCCUUGCAAGAGAAAUUAUAUUUGAAGUCUUUCUUGCAAUCAUGAUGCAACAAAAUGUGUUUUGUUACAUUUUACAGAACUCUGAUGGAAUUCGAUAAACUGUUGAAAAUGAAGUCAUAUUUUAUUCGGAAUAAAAGAAUGCUUCUCCAA